AUGAAUUCAGAAGAUACGUAUCGCUCUGUGCAGGAACGAUAUGCUAGUGUUGCGAAUCAGGCCAACUCUGAUGACCAGAAGAGCUACGAACGGAAGGUGGCAACGGCAUUUGGAUAUGAUCUCGAGGAUUUACGCUCUCUUCCCGACAAUGCCAAUCUUGGUGUUAGUUGUGGAAACCCAUUAGCAACGGCUAACAUCAGCCUGGGCGAGACGGUAGUUGAUUUAGGCAGUGGCGGAGGUAUCGAUGUUUUACUAGCCGCGAAGAAAGUUGGCACAGAAGGAAAGGCCAUUGGAAUUGAUAUGACGAAGGACAUGCUGGAAUUGGCUCGUCGGAACGCAAAAAAUGCCGGAACAACGAAUGCUUCCUUUAUCGAGGCGUUCAUCACAUCUAUCCCGUUACCAUCAUCUACAGUUGACUGCAUCAUCAGUAACUGUGUGGUGAACCUAGUACCGGAGCCCGAGAAGCCUCUCGUCUUUCACGAGAUAUUUCGUCUGCUGAAGCCUGGCGGUAGGGUUGCAAUUAGCGACAUCCUGGCAAAACAAGAGCUGCCGCUGGAGAUUCGACAAGAUCUCUCUCUUUAUGUUGGCUGCAUCGCUGGGGCUAGCCAGGUUGGUGAUUAUGAAAAAUAUCUGAAGGAAGCGGGAUUUCAAGACGUGUUGAUUCUCAAUACCAACAGCGACCUGAAUCUGUACAAGGAAAUGGGGCAGAAAGAAGAUGCGGAAGACGCACCAUCGAAGAGCUCAUGUUGCGGCAAUGCAGCGACUAAUGAAUCGAAAGUGACAAAUAUGUUGGCGGAUGUUGAUUUUAACCUUUGGACUGGUGAGCUGUGA